UUAGCAUUUCAUCUUCAAACGGAGAGAGAAAUUAAUGAAAUUUAAAAAAAAAAGGGUAAAAAACACAAGUGACAUUGAAAGAAAAAUACAGAAAAUGCCAUUCCUCUCCGGAUCUACAAGAUCUAAUCUACUUUUUUUGUUUUCUCAAAAGAAAAAAAUGUUUUACUCUUUCAGAUAUAUUUAUUGAGUUAGAUUAGAUCCCUAACUGAGAAAAAAAAAUUAAUAGUAAUCGAAGAAGAAGAAAGAUGUACAUGGCAUAUGGAUAUCCGCAGGUGAUUCCAUUAGAGCAAGGGCAGUGUCCAUCCUCGCAAAAAGUCAUUUAUAUCAAACUCAUUAAUCGACUCUUGCUUGUCGUUUCACCUUCGCAUCUCGAGCUCUGGAGCUCCUCUCAGCAUAGAGUGAGGUUAGGGAAGUAUAAGAGAGAUGAGGAUUCGUUGCAACGAGAAGGCGAGAAUUUGCAGGCCGUUUGGAGCCCUGACUCCAAAUUGAUUGCCGUUCUUACAUCAUCUUUUUUUCUUCACAUUUUCAAGGUCCAGCUCACGGAAAGAAAAGUACAUAUAGGAGGGAAGCAACCCUCUGGUUUAUUUCUGGCAACGAUAACUUGUGUUCUGAAUGAACAAGUCCCUUUUGUGGAAAAGAUUUUGUCUGUGAGCAAUAUUGUGAGUGAUAACAAACAUAUGUUAUUGGGGCUUUCUGAUGGAUGUUUGUAUAGUAUCUCCUGGAAGGGAGAGUUUUAUGGAGCUUUUGAACUUGAUUCCUUUCAACAUAGUAGCACUGAAGUUACUACUUUACCACAUUCUCUAGUCAAUGGUAUUAAUUCUGGAGAGGCUCAAGGAGCUUUUGUCUCGAAUUAUAAAGUCUCCAAGAAGUCUGGUAUAGCCCAAUUGGAGUUUUGUGUUGCAAUGAGGCUGCUAUUAGUCUUAUAUUCUGAUGGACAACUCAUGUCAUGCUCUGUGAGCAAGAGAGGUUUAAAGCCAGUUGAAUCCAUUAAAGCUGAAAAAAUUUUGGGAUCUGGUGAUGCUGUAUGUACUUCCAUUGCUGGAGAUCAACAGAUCCUUGCCGUUGGUACCAGAAAAGGAGUUGUUGAGUUAUAUGACUUGGCUGAAUCAGGGUCGCUCAUUCGUAAAGUCUGCUUAUAUGACUGGGGAUAUUCGAUGGAUGACACUGGUCCUGUCAGUUGUUUUGCAUGGACACCUGAUAAUUCUGCUUUUGCUGUUGGGUGGAAGUUAAGAGGACUUACUGUUUGGUCUGUUUCUGGAUGUCGUCUGAUGUUAACUAUCUGUCAAAUUGGUUUGAGUUCUGUUUCUUCUCCUGUAGUUAAGCCAAACCAGGAUUGUAAAUAUGAACCAUUGAUGGGUGGUACCUCACUAAUGCAGUGGGAUGAAUAUGGAUAUAGGCUUUAUGCUAUUGAGGAAGGAUCGCCGGAGAGAAUUCUUGCAUUUUCUUUUGGAAAAUGUUGCCUGAGCAGAGGAGUUUCGGGGAUGACUUACGUACGUCAAGUGAUUUAUGGUGAAGAUAGGUUGCUUGUCGUGCAGUCAGAAGAUACCGAUGAGCUUAAGAUGCUACAUUUGAACCUUCCAGUUUCUUAUAUCUCCCAAAAUUGGCCUGUUCAACAUGUAGCAGCGAGCAAGGAUGGGAUGUAUUUAGCAGUUGCUGGUCUCCAUGGGUUGAUUUUAUAUGAUAUAAGGUUGAAGAAGUGGUAUGAGUUGCUAUUCUAUCCUCGACAUCACCUUGAUCAGAGCACACUACUUUGCCGUAAACCAUUGCUUGCAAAGCCAAUGGUGAUGGAUGUUUAUGAAGAUUAUAUACUAGUCACUUAUCGCCCUUUUGAUGUGCACAUAUUCCAUGUGAAAUUGGUAGGUGAAUUGACACCUUCAAGUACUCCAGACCUACAGCUUUCUACAGUAAGAGAACUCUCAAUCAUGACUGCAAAGAGCCAUCCUGCAGCGAUGCGUUUUAUUCCCGAUCAAAUUCCAAGAGAGGGUGCCCUUGACGCUCGUAUUUCAUCUUCUUCAAACUUGUUAGCCAGAGAGCCUGCAAGAUGUCUGAUACUGAGGGCGAGUGGGGAACUUUCACUACUUGAGUUGGAUGAUGGUCGGGAAAGGGAACUCACUGAUUCUGUUGAAUUAUUUUGGGUUACAUGUGGUCAAUCAGAAGAGAAAACAAAUCUAAUAGAGGACGUCUCUUGGUUGGACUAUGGCCACCGAGGAAUGCAGGUUUGGUAUCCAUCUCCCGGUGUUGGCUCAUUUAAGCAGGAGGAUUUUUUGCAGUUGGAUCCAGAGCUGGAAUUUGACCGUGAGGUGUACCCUCUGGGGCUUCUUCCAAAUGCUGGGGUUGUUGUUGGUGUUUCUCAAAGAAUGUCAUUUUCAGCAUGCACAGAAUUUCCAUGUUUUAAGCCAACUCCCCAAGCUCAAACUAUAUUGCAUUGCCUACUCCGACACCUCCUUCAGAGGAACAAAAGCGAGGAGGCUUUACGGUUGGCACAAAUAUCAGCUGAGAAGCCGCAUUUUUCACAUUGUUUGGAGUGGCUUCUUUUCACUGUAUUUGAUGCUGAGAUUUCAAGGCAAAAUGCGAAUAAAAACCAGAUCUCAGUCCCAAAACAGAAUGUCUCUCUUUUGGAGAAGACCUGUGAUCUGAUCAAGAAUUUCCCAGAGUAUCUUGAUGUUGUUGUGAGUGUUGCAAGAAAAACUGAUGGUAGACAUUGGGCUGAUUUGUUCACUGCUGCAGGAAGAUCAACGGAGUUGUUUGAAGACUGCUUCCAACGGAGAUGGUACCGCACUGCAGCUUGCUACAUUCUUGUAAUUGCUAAACUUGAAGGUCCUGCUGUUAGUCAGUAUUGUGCUCUGCGGUUAUUGCCGGUGACACUAGACGAAUCAUUAUAUGAACUUGCUGGAGAGCUGGUGAGGUUCUUAUUGAGAUCAGGAAGAGACUAUGAGCAGGCAUCUACAGAUUCUGACAGACUAGCUCCAAGAUUCUUGGGCUAUUUUCUUUUUCAUUCUAGUUACAGGAGGCCAUCACUUGAUAAAAGUACCUCAUUCAAAGAGCAGAGUGCUCAUAUUGCUCCUGUCAAGAACAUAUUGGAGAAUCAUGCUAGCUAUUUGAUGUUGGGAAAGGAACUUUCCAAACUUGUUGCAUUUGUAAAAGGCACUCAGUUUGAUUUAGUGGAAUACCUUCAACGAGAAAGAUAUGGUUCUGCUCGGUUGGAGAAUUUUGCUUCAGGACUUGAACUGAUUGGGCAAAAGCUGCAAAUGGGUACAUUGCAGAGCAGGUUGGAUGCUGAAUUCCUAUUGGCUCAUAUGUGCUCUGUCAAGUUUAAGGAGUGGAUAGUUGUCCUUGCCACACUUUUAAGACGAUUUGAGGUUCUUUUUGAUCUUUUUCGGCAUGAUAUGCGGUUGUGGAAAGCAUAUAGUAUGACCUUGCAGUCUCAUCCUUCAUUUGCUGAAUACCAUGAUUUGCUUGACAUUUUGGAAGAGAAACUUUCAUCCAUUGCAAUUUCAGAAGAUAAAUGAGGUAGAUAUCAAGUUUAACCGAAACAAAAUUUUUCUGGAGAUGCCUAUUUCCACCUGAGUAACAAAUUUCAUUUAAAGCAUGCAUCAUUUAUUUGUUCAAUUGAGCAGAAAGAUGACCGAAGGAAAUCAAGUCUUGAGAAUGAUUUGAAUUAUAGAGUAAAUCUUGUAUCUCAUUAGAAUCACAAAAUUGUUCUUUGUAGAUAAAGAGGUUAAGCUUCUUAGGGAUUUCAUGCCCAGUUGCAUGUAUAUAAAUAAAUCAAAAUUAUCCAAAUAAACCACUUUAUAUAUUCCUGUAUUUGAGCUUGAGAUUGGUAGAAAAUUCUCCCAACUUUCUUGUGAUAUUUAUGAUAAAUUUCAAGGGCGUUCCAUUAGCAGAUAUACGGUUUAGUAUUUUUAGGAUUUUUUCUCCUUCCUGACAAGUCAUAUUAACCUGAAAGAAACGGGCUUCAGAAAUGCAUGUCACCUUCAACAAAUUAAUAAUGCUUUUUUUUUCCCUUUUUUUUG